UCAUAUUGAAAAGACUAAAAAUUUGUUUAAAAGACAAAAUAAGCUAGCCAAAUUGCCAAGGUACGAGUUCCAGUCAACAGAGGCAUCCCUCCAAUCAAUCCAACAAAAAGACUCUGUCUACUUUAUUUACCAGGGAUAUGAAGAUAUUAUAAAAAAAUACAUAUAUCUUAUUCUUGGAAAUUCGGACCAUAUCAAAGGCUUAGUCAAGACUUUAAAGAAGCCAAUUCUGAAGCCUAUAAAGAAACAGAUCAGCAAAGUUGAAUACUGGUUGCCGACACCAGAAAGCCUGGCAAUGGCCACAAUUGCUGAAAAUGAGAAUAUUUCCAACCACAAUGAAGUUCAUGGAGUUGUUUCAAUGAUUAACCCCGGUCUCAUGGAGCAAAAGCAUGAGAGAGUAAAGGUAAUCUACCUUCAAGAAGUUUCUCUAGAGCACUACAUAAUACACUCAGAUUUAUAUGAAAAAUGCUGCCAAACUGAUCUGACCUCUUGUAUAGGGAAAAUUUACAACACUUCCGAUAUGACUAAGCAGGUAACAGUGAAAGAAUACAGCGAUUACGAACCAAAUGUUUACAAAAAUUCCCUCUACAAGUGUCUCCUAGUUGAAUACUUUGAAGAUGAUGAGAAAGUUACAACUAGAAUGUCCCCAUGGCAGCUUAACCUUGAUGAAGAGUAUUCUCUUAAGCAUCCAGAUAUAUUCAGAAGAGAUGCUGAAGAUAUUCUCAAAGUAUUAGAAGACGAAGAAAAUGACUCUCAGCUCAGCACAAAUUUUUCAGUUUUCGUUGAAAAAGUGGAUACCAAGAUGUUCUCAGAUUACCUUACAAUUGUCCCAAACAUGAUGUAUCUAAACUUGAUCAUUGAAAGAAUUAGAAACAAGUAUUACAGGUCUGAAGCCCAAUUUAUAAGUGAGCUGAUCCUUAUCGUUCAGAACUGCAUGAAAUAUAAUGAGGAAAAUAUUGAGCUCAAAAACCUUGCUCGGAUCAUGAUAACUACAAUCAUCACCAAACUCAAACCUUUUCUAAAAGAAGAAGUCCAAGAAGAAAUUCCUGAAAUAUCUACUAGGAGCGCUAGAUUGAGAAAAAGAAAAAUGAACAAGAAAAGCACUCUUCCAUUAUCUGAGAAAUCCCUUAAUUUUCCUGAGGAAGAGACUCCAAAGCCAACUUUGGAAUCUUCUAGAAAAUCUCCUCCAAAGCUAAGGAAGAGGGAAAACAAGAGGCAGGUCAAAAUCACAGAAAUGAAAUCGGACGAAAUAAGAGAAGUUAAAACUCCAGAUUUAGACUAUUACAACAGCCGCCUAUCAAGAAGGGUAAAUGGUCAUUCUCGAUCUCUUAUCAGAGGGAACAAUUUAACUUUGCUCCAUACGACAUGCAUGACACACAUGGCUCAAAUGCCUCAAAUGUCUCAAAUGCCCCAAAUGCCCCAAAUGCCCCAAAUGCCUCAAAUGCAACAAAUACCUCAAAUGCAACAAAUACCUCAAAUGCAACAAAUACCAUACAUGCAGCAAAUGCCUCAAAUGCAACAAACAUCUCACAUCCAACACAUACAGCCCGUACACCCCAUGAUAAACCUCAUGAGCGGGCCUACCUCAAUCCAAAACCAUCAAGCUCCAAGGAUGGCUAGAUUCAAACGUAGAGCCGCCUACAACAAAACUUAUACUAUGGAUUAAUUAACCUAGAACAUUUGCUAGCAUUAAUUUGAAAC